CAGAGCUGAAACUGCCUCAGCAAAAACCAACAUGAUGGGGUUCCAGACUCAACAUGGUUGUGAGACUGUUGGAUCAGGAAAAGGCCAUUUCUCUGGUCCUGAAAGCAGACAAGAACCCGAGGCAUUUGGUGCCACCGUGGCAAGAAACCGAUGUGACGGAGUCUGUGGAGAAGGCCCUGAAUCCACGAAGGGACUUCACCUGUUGAACAUCAUCAUCUUGAACACUGAAUGACAACGGCACUAAACUAACAAAAAACAUGAAGACAACCAUUCCCAUUGACGUCACUACUAAAUAUCAGGAUCCCACCACUGAUGACCUGCGGGAUAUGGCUUCACUUGUUGAUCCAAAGUUCAAAAUCCAAUACACUGAGAGUGACAGGACAGAAAAUAGGGGGCUUCUUCUUCUGCAGGCUAGCUCCUUUGUACCACCUCAUCUCUUACCCCAAGAAAACUCGUCUUUCCACUGAAUUCACAGCAGAAAGGAGUGAUCUGGACUUUGUGUUUUAACUUGACCAACACUCAACACCUUCCCCUGCUGCAGCAUGUUUCAACAAAUGUUACAUGACUCACAGCUGGAGCAUUUUCUGAGGCUUGGAUCAGCGUGGAGCCCUCCCAGGCGGGCCGUUGCUAUGGCAACCUGAUGACGCUCUGAGGAAGGACGGGAGAGAGAAGAGCGAGGGAGGGGAGUGAGCCCUGGGCUGGAUGGGACCCACCAUGCCCCCCAGUAAGAAGGCCCAGAGCCCCAGUAGUGGAGCCAGUGCCUCGCAGGGCAUGAGCCCGCCGUACCGGCAGGGGGAUGCCGCCACGGCAGCAUCUGAGGCCGAGGCGGCUGACCUCUCCCUGUCCCUGUCCGCCUCCUUCUCCAAGGCUGAGGACGAGGAACUCACCAGCCUCUCCUGGCUCCACGAGAGCACAGACCUCCUCAACAGCUUCAGCCACUCGGGGCUGCGUAGCGUCUCCCCUCUACAAGACCCAGACGGUCAGCACCCCCGCUCGCCCUCCUCCUCGUCUCCCUCCCCGGACGACCCCCUGCUUGGCGAUGCACACUCGGCGUACGACUUGGCAGCGGGGGCAAACCGAAAACCGCCGUAUUCCUUCAGCUGCCUGAUCUUCAUGGCCAUUGAGGAUGCGCCAAACAAGCGGCUGCCUGUUAAGGAUAUCUACGGCUGGAUCCUGGAGCACUUCCCAUACUUUGCAAACGCCCCCACAGGCUGGAAGAACUCAGUGCGCCACAAUCUGUCGCUCAACAAGUGCUUCAAGAAGGUGGAUAAAGACCGGAGCCAGAGCAUAGGCAAAGGUUCUCUGUGGUCCAUAGAUCCGGAGUAUAGGCACAACCUGAUCCAGGCACUGAAGAAGACGCCGUACCAUCCCUACUCGCCUGGUCUGGCCACCCCCUCCACCUCUCCGCCCACCCUGCCUCAGACAUUUCACCACAGUCCUCCAUUGUGGUCGGGGAGUCCCCUCUUCAGAAAGAAUGGAGGAGUUCUCCUACAAGUCCCUCGUGGUGUGAUCCAAAAUGGCGCCCGUGUCAGGAGUCAGGCCCUCUUCCCUGUUAUCAGACCCCUACCUGUAAGCCCUGUGGGGAGCAGAACCUCGGCCAUAAGAUCAUCCCUGGGAGAUUAUCUAAGCCGGGGACAGGACAGCCCAUCCCGCUACUCUCCUCUGCCCUGCAGCGAGGACCUCCAGGAUGAUCACACUUACAGCACCGCCAAGUCCCCCAGCAGGCUGUGCUCCUCCCAGGUUGCAGCCCCUUCCUCCCCUCUGGACGACGACGACAUUAUCGCCGUGGAGAUCCAAUCAGACGUCAAACCCGAACCCCGGGAGAUCCCACUGGAUUCUCACAUCACCACUGCCGCAGCUACCUACAUUUCCCAGCAGCCCCUGCGCGGACAGAGACGUAGUUCGGGGUCGGGAGCUGGGACACUGGCAGGAAGCAGUUUGCCCUGGACCAAAAACCGAGCAAGGGGCAUUAGCGACACACUGCCGCUGAAGAAGCGGCGUGCGGCGGCAGUGGAGAAGCCGCCGGAGAGCGACGACGAAGAGAUGAAGGAGGCGGCGGGGUCGCUGCUCCACCUGGCGGGGGUCAGAGCCUGCCUCAACAACAUCACAAACCGCACCGCCAAGGGCCAGAAGGAGCAGAAAGAGGCCCUGAGAAACUAAGACACACACAUAGAACAAGUACAUAGUCAUGCAAACACACACAGACGGUAUACAGUUCAAAGCACGCACACACACAUUAACACACAGACACAUAUACAAUACACAAAUAGGUCAACAGGUAAUGUUACUACAGCAUUAGUCUCAACGGACAAUUCUCAUCUCCCUCUAUCUAUCUGCAGGGCAUUAGGUGAAUCCUACUUAUUUGUGGCAAUAUCAAAAAUCUAUGUUUUCCUACAUGUUCAGCAACACUAACAUCAAUGGGUAUUUCUCAUGUGUCUUUGUUGUUUUUGUUGUUUAAAAGGGGAUGAAAGCCAUAAAAAAGCAUGUUUUGUCACUAAUUUGGACAAGUCGAACACGACUAAACUGAAUCACAUUGAGGAGCGUACAGUACAAGAACAGAAGAUGGCUGUUUGUCUUACCUGUUUGUUUCUAUGUGAAUCUGUAGCAAUCUUGCAGUGAUGCCAGCAAAGACGGCAGAGCCGACGAGACAUGCCUAUUUAACAAAACUUAGAGCUCUCUUGGCCGCUCACUAGCAUCACUCUCCUACAUCCACGAGCACAAAUGUGAGACUGUGCCAAAGAUAAGCGACCAGGUUGCUUCAUGUAGCCGAUACGACAGCUGACAAAAAAAAAAAAAAGAAGGAAUAGUAGUAAAGAAGAGCUAGAGAGAA